CGGUUGUGUUCUACCCGACGAGUUGUACAGGUGCACAUACAUUCACCGUUACCUUGGCAACAACGUUUCGUUCGCUGUUGGUCACCGAGCAAUAAACGAUUUAUUUAAACAAAAUGGACAUCCAGGAACUCAAUGCCCGGAACUGUACAGAGAUACCGAUCAUAGAAACGGUUGAUAUGGACGAAGAGGACUUUGCUGUUUCCAGUUCCUCAGCUGCAGACUCGGCCUUUGAUGCUGUUAUCGGCUGUAUAGAAUACAUCAUCAUGGAUGAGGAGUUCCAGCAGCUUCAGCAGAGCUUCAUGGAGAAACACUACCUGGAGUUUGAUGAGGACGAUGAAAACAAACUCAGCUACACACCCAUCUUCAAUGAAUAUGUUGGCCUGCUGGAGAAACACCUGGAGCAGCAGCUGAUGGAGAGGAUCCCCGGCUUUGACAUGAACAACUUCAUAGAGCUGCUCAUGCAGCACAAAGAGGAGGUCCCAAGUGACAUCUUUGACAUGUUGCUCACAUUCACCGACUUCAUGGCCUUCAAGGAUAUGUUUCUGGAGUACAGAGCUGAAAAGGAGGGCCGGGGUCUGGACCUGAGCCAGGAACUAGUGGUCACAUCUCUGAACACUUUCGCCUCCAAACACAGUGGCUCUGCUGAAUCUCAGUGACGCUCACACACACACGCACAUAAUCAAACACUUGAAUUGCCUCUUCCUCCAUAUGUUCAUGUGAAAAUUUUGUUCAUGGGCCUUGAGAAAAGUGUUCCCUUCAAUAUGCCGUCUGUGCACAAAUGGCUCUUGAUAGUCAUGUUUCACAGCAAACACUCGUCCCAAGAGGGAGAGCACAGAAGGAAUAAAUGGUGGCACAGUUCCAUUAGUUGUCCCUGUAAACUGUAACAUUGCACAAGUGGAAUUCAGCCAUCAGUAAUACACCUGUGCUGCUUCUACUGUGACAAGUCAAGAUGUCACAUACACAUUCCUCUUAGUUUUAUUGGGUGUGUGUUACGGAGGAGCCUGUAGGUAGUUGAAGAUGGACUGGGAGAAACCGAUCCUGAUUUUACAAUCAUCCUCUUAUUAACACUUAGUUCUGUUUAGACGUUGCAUUUAUUGGAUCUGUCUGUUUGGAGAAUUGCAAUAGUUCUAGUGCUGGUGCUCAUCAAAUCCUUUAACAACCAGAGAGAAAGAAAACGUUAGAAAGUACUGAAUGCUUUAAAUAUUCUGUCUUUGCCUGGUAUUUAUCAUGAGACAGUACAUCGGUAGAAUUAAUAAUAUAUGUUUUUAUGAAGAUUUAAAUGAUUUGGCCCGCUUAUAAAUUCUUUUGGAUUGAAUGUUGUGCUUGUGAAAGUGUUUUUUAAUGUAAAUAGUGUGUGUACGAGUGUGUGUGCGUGUCUUUAAUUGGUUUUUGGUACACUGUCAAAUAGUUUUCUACUUGUUUCUGCAGUUUUCGUUCAAAAUAUGUUAUUUAUGUCACCAGUGGGGGAAAAAUACAGUUGUUGUUGUUAAAAAAAAAUAUUUUCAAAUAAACAAUUUAAAGUUU